UCCCGACAGGCCUUCGCCCUCGGCUUCCUGGAACGGAGAGGUUCGUCCCAGCAGCAGCUUCAACCAUGGCGUCUACGGAGAUAGCCAGGCAGGCGGGAGAGGGUGCCCGUGCAGUCCCUCUGGCCGGCCAUGUCGGCUUCGACAGCAUGCCCGACCAACUGGUCAACAAGUCUGUCAACCACGGCUUCUGCUUCAACAUCCUCUGCGUCGGGGAGACCGGGCUGGGGAAGUCCACCCUCAUGGACACCUUGUUCAACACCAAGUUCGAGGGCGAGCCCACUCAGCACAACCAGCCCGGAGUGCAGCUCAAGUCCAACACCUACGAGCUCCAGGAGAGCAACGUGCGGCUCAAGCUCACCGUGGUCAACACCGUGGGGUUCGGGGACCAGAUCAACAAGGAGGACAGUUACAAAUCCAUCGUGGAGUUCAUCGACGCCCAGUUUGAGGCGUAUCUACAGGAGGAGCUUAAAAUCAAGCGCACCCUACACAGUUACCACGACACGCGCAUCCACGCCUGCCUGUACUUCAUCGCGCCCACGGGACACUCCCUCAAAUCGCUGGACUUGGUGACCAUGAAGAAACUCGAUAGCAAGGUCAACAUUAUUCCAAUCAUUGCCAAAUCCGAUGCCAUUUCCAAGAGCGAGCUGACCAAGUUCAAGAUCAAAAUCACCAGCGAGUUGGUCAGCAACGGGGUCCAGAUCUACCAGUUCCCCACGGACGACGAGACCGUGGCCGAGAUCAACUCCACCAUGAACGGCCAUUUGCCAUUCGCCGUGGUGGGGAGCACGGAGGAGGUGAAGAUCGGGAACAAGAUGGUGAAGGCUCGGCAGUACCCCUGGGGGACGGUGCAGGUGGAGAACGAGAACCACUGCGACUUCGUGAAGCUGCGGGAGAUGCUGAUCCGGGUGAACAUGGAGGACCUGCGGGAGCAGACACACACGAGCCACUACGAGCUGUACCGCCGCUGCAAGCUGGAGGAGAUGGGCUUCAAGGACACGGACCCCGACUGCAAGCCCUUCAGUCUGCAGGAGACCUACGAGGCCAAGAGGAACGAGUUCAUGGGCGAGCUGCAGAAGAAGGAGGAGGAGAUGAGGCAGAUGUUCGUCCAGCGAGUCAAGGAGAAGGAGGGCGAGCUCAAGGAGGCCGAGAAGGAGCUGCACGAGAAGUUUGACCGCCUGAAGAAGCUCCACCAGGACGAGAAGAAGAAGCUGGAGGACAAGAGGAAAUCUCUGGACGACGAGCUGAACAUGUUCAAACAGAAGAAGACGGCGGCGGAGCUGCUGCUGAAUCAGGCCCAGCAGGCAGGGGGCUCCACCACCCUCAAGAGGGACAAGGAGAGGAAGAAUAAUCCGUGGCUCUGCACUGAGUAGGUCUUCGGCCCUGAAGUAUUGCUAAGGGACCAGGCUUUGUGGGUAUUUAACACCCCGGGUUGUGACCAGAGCCUGCUUUGUGGACGCCACCCUUCUGUGUUUCCUAAUGGUGAUUCCCCCCUGCGUAAUAUGUGUUAACCAUCCAGUAUUAGUUGUUUUCUAUUCCAAACUUCCGCUUUUUCUGCUUCUCUAACUUCUAUUCUGAUCGCCGUGCGGCAGAAGCUUUCAGAUGUGCUCUACACACGUAUGCUUAGUAUGUACGCUUUACUGCUACUGUUUUGGCUGAGGUUGGUUUGAUGGCAAACAUGUUUUUCUUAUGAUUACCGGUCAAAGAAAAGACAAUAAAAUACCCACUUGUGUCCUUCCCGAAUAACCCGGAGCACCAAGUGAAGUCCAUGUUCUCAGCAGGUUUGGGACGGCAUGCAGUAGUCCAUUAAAACAUUUGUUUUCCCUGUAAAAGCAUGAAGAGGACUAAAACCGCCGUGGUGGUCGUCCUGUGAAACAUCUUCUGCAAUCUCAAAGUGAAUCCUAGUGGUUUCGUCCUGACUCUCGCUUGGCCAUCUCCUCUAACCUGCCUCUCUCCCUCCCUCCCUCUCUCUGUUUCCUAGCUUUUUUUAAUCUUGGCCGUCAGAAGAGGGGAUUGCAGCUUCAACAAGAACUAAAACACCCAAUACCUCCUCUGUUCUUGCUCCCUGCAUCAACCUUUUUAAUCUUGCAUCUUUCAUCUGAUUUGUCGAAUAAGGCCUUAUGUGGACUCGCAUGGUAUUUAUGAUAAGGAAUAAAAUAAAACUGAGCCCACUGGGGAGCCUCAGACCUGACACGGCUGUCUUAAAAAGAUUGGAGACUACCCUUGAAAAAAAGAAAACGAAACAGAGAGUUUAUUUGGGGUACCUUACACCACUGUUAAUCCGUCUCCAUUUUAAAUAACAUUGCAAUUAUCUCUUUCCUUUUUAAUGGGAAAGCUUGUUUCUAAUAUAAAAAGUGCACUCAAUGACAUACCUCUUGGGUCAAGUAUGUUAUUAAGUAUUGCUUAUUAACAAUAACAAUUGUCCAACAAAUAGUUUUUUUUAUUUUCAGUUGGAAAAAAAUGAGCCGUCACAUGCUGAAUUCAUUACAACUCCAUCACACAACCUUGGUAUUAUAUACAUUUAUAUUAAAACAAUUCCUGCAACAACUGAGUCCAUACCUUUCUUAGGCACUUAUUAAAAGGCAUUAUGGUCUGGAUUACAUGCUUGAGUACCAUGGAGGUCACAUUAAGUGCCCUCUUAAACAUAGUGCUUUAACAAUCACCCACCUAUUCUGUAUUUUGCAUGCAUACCUUUAUUUCAUUACUGGAGUUAUCAUGACAUUUCCCCUUGUUUUAUCCCUGGUUAACUACAUUUGAAGUCUAUAUUGAAUAUUGUUUUUUUUUAUGAUGCACAUUAUUAAUGUAUAUUUGCUGUCUUAUAAUUGUAGAACCCAUUUGCCAAAUAUUACUAUUAAGGUGUAGUUGGAUUUUAAUCCCAAAUAGUGAAGAAUACCUGUGCAUUUAUAUAAUUUAUAAGGAUAUAUUUUGUGUAUUGAAGUGGAGACCUGUUUAUGAAAUAUUACCUUUGGAUGUGGCUUUCACUUUAAAGAACUAAAUGGUGUCAGGAAAUAUACAUUUUUAGCAUCUGUCAUCACUUGUAGUCCAAUACUUUUCCACAACGCAUAUUAGGCCUACUUUCUUGUAGUUUGAAUCUGUUGUAAAUUUUCAAUAAAAACAAUCUUAUCCAAA